AUGGUUACGGUGUUUUCGAAAUUAAGUCUAAUGCACCUUUUUCCUACCGAAAGCUAUGAUGGGGAGCGGACACGCGCCGCCAUGAGCGAGCUGCAGGCCACUGUGGAGUUCUCCGUCGAGCUCUACAAGUUCUUCAACGUGGACCUCUUCCAGCGCGGGUUCUCCGACCCCUUGAAAAAAAAUUGCCGCCCUUCAGCUCCUAAGGUUAUUGAUCAAAUGAGUGGAUGAUAGCGGUAAGAAUGAGGCCAAUGGAGACAGAGAAGAGACAGGGGAAGCGGGAGAACUCGGAGCAAACCUCCCGAGAACUCGCUUUAGCAACCACAUGGGCUGGCCGGUGAUCGAACCCGACCCCCAGCGGUGGAAGGCGGAUGCUCUAAUCAUUGUCACGAUCCCAUCCCCGAAUGUUGAUACAGAUAAAAUCGCUAAAGCAGGAUUCGUGCUGGCUUCAUUAUUCACGAACACUCGAAUCUUUAUAUAAAAAACUGUUAUUAGCUCCUACUCGUCUGCGGUCGUAAGUCGGCGGGAGAAGCCGGUAAAAAUCAAGAAUCAUCAAAUUUCUAGAAAGAAACAGAAAAUUAGAGCUGAAUAAAUUAUAAUUUU